GCAAUGUUUGUGCUUCCAGAAGAACCUGUGAUUGAUAAAAUGGCGAUUGAAGAAUAUGAUGACGAAAGAAGAAACCAAUUCGUAGAUAUCAAGUGUGUUAAAAGUGAAUUGACGAUGAAUGAUGACAAAAGAAAAAAGAAUAGAAUCGUUAGUAAAGUGAAUGAAAAGAACGUCAAUAGAAAUAGACCCGGCAAAGAACACGUACCUGAUAUUCAAAUGGUGGAUGAUGAAGAUCUGGAAGGUUACAGGCGAAAAUUCGAUUGUAUUGAUAAAACCGUUAAAAGUGGUGUUAUGAAUGUGAAAUUUGAUGAAUUGAAUCAAAAGAAUGAAACGAAAAUCUUUGAGGUCUUGCAUAAAAAGAAGGCAUUCGAACAUC